GAUGCCUCUGGCCUUUUUUUUGUUGUUGCUGUUAGACGAAGAUAAUAAUAAUCAUCAUAGUAAAAACAUAGCGAUUACUAUGUGCCGGACUUUGUCCUAGUUGAGAUAUAGUACCAUCCUAAGUUAAACUAUAAUCGUUUAUUGUUAUCUUUAGGUCUUCCUGGAUGACAUUUUUACUCUAAAGGAUCGUAAAGUCGGCCCAUCGGACGUCACUGGAGUCCCCUGUUCAGCCGUCUCUUUCUUCUGGGCAUCUCUCCGGACACAGACCAAGUGGCACCGGGACUGACAGGUGGGCCGCAAGCCCCGCCCCCAGCGAGGGCUUGUAGCCGCGUCCCCUGACGCAGCGCCUCUCCAGGUUUGCCCCGCCCUGCAGGACUUACUUUCCGGCGGCGCGCUGACGCCACGCGUUCCGCUCCUCUUCGCGCCUGCGCCGUGGUUGGAAGGUCGUCCCUGUGACCGGCUUGGCGGUUGGAGCAGCUGUCGCCAUGUUGUCGGUCGCAGCCCGCUCGGGACCGUUCGCGCCCGUCCUGUCGGCCACGUCCCGCGGGGUGGCGGGCGCGCUGCGGCCCUUGGUGCAGGCCACGGUGCCCGCCACCCCGAAGCCGCCUGUGCUGGACCUGAAGCGGCCCUUCCUCAGCCGGGAGUCGCUGAGCGGCCAGGCCGUGCGCCGGCCUUUGGUCGCCUCCGUGGGCCUCAAUGUCCCUGCUUCUGUUUGUUAUUCCCACACAGACGUCAAGGUGCCUGACUUCUAUGACUACCGCCGCCUUGAAGUUUUAGAUAGUACUAAGUCUUCCAGAGAGAGCAGCGAGGCUAGGAAAGGUUUCUCCUAUAUGGUAACUGCAGUAACUACUGUGAGUGUUGCAUAUGCUGCCAAGAAUGUCGUCACCCAGUUCAUUUCCACCAUGAGUGCUUCUGCUGAUGUGUUGGCUAUGGCGAAAAUCGAAAUCAAGUUAUCCGAUAUUCCAGAAGGCAAGAACAUGACUUUCAAAUGGAGAGGCAAACCCCUGUUUGUGCGUCAUAGAACCCAGAAGGAAAUUGAGCAGGAAGCUGCAGUUGAAUUGUCCCAGUUGAGGGACCCACAGCAUGAUCUAGAUCGAGUAAAGAAGCCUGAAUGGGUUAUCCUGAUAGGUGUUUGCACUCAUCUUGGUUGUGUACCCAUUGCAAAUGCAGGAGAUUUUGGUGGUUUUUACUGCCCUUGCCAUGGGUCACAUUAUGAUGCAUCUGGCAGGAUCAGAUUGGGCCCUGCUCCUCUCAACCUUGAAGUCCCCCCAUAUGAGUUCACCAGUGAUGAUAUGGUGGUGGUUGGUUAGAGACUUGGACUCAAGUCAUAGGCUUCUUUCAGUCUUUACGUCACCUUAGAAGACUUAUUUGAGAGCAAGCCUUCUGUACCUGAAGUUGAUUUGAAAUAUGUAAGAAUUGAUGAUGUGUUUGCAACAUUAAUGUGAAGUAAAUUGAAUUUAAUGUUGAAUACUUUCAAGCAUUCACUUAAUAAAGCCGCUGUUAAGCAUUGUUGUGCUCAGUCAUACAUUUGAAAGGUACAAUGUCUUUUUAGCUAAUUCUAAUUAAAAAUUACAGACUGAUGUACAAUAUACUUGUGAAAUCUGUAACUGACUUUAUCUUUUUGCCCAAAUAUUUGCUUCCUGCUUUGCGUCAGGGACAGAGAUUCUGCAAAGCUCAUUGUUGGGAUGAAGUAAAAUUAACGUGUCAUCUCUGAGUCCUGGGAGGUAUCUAUGGCAUUGACAGAAACAGUAGUAUCUAGGUAUUUCUUAUUUACCAGACUUGGUAAGAGUACUCGCUAUGCGUUUCCUCUCUACUGUGUAAGCUGUGUGAUAAUGUCAGCUCUAAUCUGUGGGAAAGAGUCCUGAAUGAGGCAUUAGUAGCUCUGAGGGUUUAUCUUCAGGUCUGGUCUGCUGGUUUUUCUCCUUAAGUGACAGGCCAGGAAAUUUUAUUAGUCCCUUAUGAGUGUAAAUUAAUACUUAAAAAUCCUUUAGUCUUAAUAGGCAGUGAUGGGAUAUUAUCUGAGAGAAGCUUUCCAAAAUGAGAGUGCUCUGCCAUUUCUUUCAUUUCGUGUGUGGAUCGUUAUGUCCCCAAAGCUCCUGCAUCCACUCUAUCAGGAGGCAGAAAGGGAGCAUCUGAGACCUAACAUUGCCUGCAUGCAGAAGUGGUCCUGCUGGGUUUGCUUCUGUAGUGAUGACACAAUGUUUUUUCCUGUUGGGUUUACAGUCACUCAGCACUUUUCACUGUAAGAUGGUGUGGAACCAGAUGCAGAGCACAUCAGAAUUCACAUCCUAUUUUCUUCUGCCUCCAAUUAUGCAGGUGAAACAAGACUCAGGUCUACUUUCUCCUGGGAUAUGGGAGUGGGCUUUGUCCUUUGAGAAUCACAGCCACUUUUUGAUGUGUUUGUCUUUACUGUUUGGAGGUGGGCCAGUCAUAUGCUUUACUGAGUCCACCUGAUGAUCUCAUGUACACUUUUUUAAAAUUGCAAAAGUGGUUGGGUUAGGUCUGCCCAAAGGGAACUGACCAUCCAGGAUUCCAGUCUUUGGUGUUAAUAGCUAUGUGUUGACAGAAAAAAGAAAAUGUCAAACUUUCUAUGCUUGUGAGUAGAUACUAGUCUUUGCUUCAUUUUUACCAUUCUAGAAAUGAAAUUAGCAUGUGUGAUAAUUGGUGGGACACAAGUAUUUUAUAUUCUGUGUCUCUAGAUAGUGGAGGCACUCUUUGGAUUGGGGGUUGGAGGAGGGGUUGGUGGCAAGAAUUGGAAUGUGAAACAUUGAGUUGUGAUGGGAACACAGGUCCACACACUAAAAAACUUGUGCUGCUAAAAAUGUCAAUAGCAUCCCCUCCCUAUAAAUACUGAUACCCCUUAUCACCUCCCACCCCAAAGUGAUACCUUGAAAUUCUAUAUGGCGGUGGAGGACAGAAGUAGGAGGUUUGCAGGUCCCUAAGGUACUCAGUGCCGGAAUUGCUGUAUUUGGUGGCUGCUUACUUCAUCUAUCAUAUUUAGAGUUGGAUGGUGGGAUGCUGUUAAAUCCUAGUAGCCCAUUUAGUUUUUAAAGAAGGCUUUGUUCCACAAGUGACAGGACAAGUCAAGUCACUUCAUGCUACUUUGCUGAAUGGAUACGGCAGACCUGUGUUACAUUUUUACCAUUCUGUGAAAACAAAAUCGUAGAUAUUAGGGGGAAAUGACUUAUAGAAUAAACCUGACCAGUCAGCACCCUGACAUCAGAUCAUUUACAUGUACUGCAUUUUAUUGGGGAUGAUUCUUGGGACAAUCUUGAGAGCCAAGGUUUUUCAUUACGCUUUAAAAAGUGUUAUAAAAAUGGCCUUUUUGAAAAUGUUGCAUUAUUUGUUAAAGAUAACAUCAAAUUUUCUUUGGUCUUUUCUGAGUAUACCCUUGUAAAAUCUUUGACUCAAUCUGACUGUGUAGAGGGCAUUUGUCCUGAUUGGAUCAAAAUGUGCUUUAGUACCCUCAUUUUUCUAAACUGUAGAAACAUAGUAUUUAAAUAUCAGAAGUAAUUCUUCAUUCUCACAGUAUUAAAUUUCAUUUUCUGUA